CAUACGUCACAUGAACAAAACAGAGCAUUGAACACAAAACAUCACAGACCUGCAACCCAAUUAUAUUUUUUUCUGUCUCUAUACUGCAACAUGUAGUAAGUACUUCUCUCUACACAACCCAACUCUUCACUCUCUCUCUUCACCAUGGCUCACCACAUCUCUUGCAUUCUUCUUCUUCUUAUCUCUCUAACCAUUUUUUCUUCUUCAUCUUCAUCACCAACUAGUCAAAUAAACUCAAACUCAAUCCUAAUAGCACUUCUCGACUCACAUUACACUGAACUCACCUACCUAAUCGAAAAAGCAAAUCUCUUACAAACACUAGAAAACACUGUCUCAAAACACAACAUCACUAUCUUUGCACCAAACAACGUAGCACUCGAACGUAACCUUGACCCAGAUUUCAAACACUUUCUUCUCCAACCCGGUAACAUUCUUUCCCUCCAAACCCUCCUUCUUUCCCACGUCAUUCCAACCCGAAUCCAAUCCGGGUCAACCCGUUUCAAAUCCAUCUCUGACUAUCACCUCCACCUUGAAACAAAUACCACCACCGGAGAAUUCAUGGUUAACCAAGAGAAUGUAACCCACCCGAAUGACAUUACCCGACCCGACGGUGUCAUCCACGGUAUUCAGAAAAUUCUUAUCCCACGCGCCGUCGUGGAUGAUUUCAACAACCGUCGUAGUCUCAGUUCAAUCACCGCUGUUAAACCAGAAGGAGCACCAGAAGCUGACACGAGAAAAUUGAAAAAAUCUUCACCGGAAAAACCAGGUUCACCACCGGAGAUUCCGAUUUAUGAAGCUUUAGCUCCGGGACCAUCACUAGCUCCGGCACCGGCGCCGGGACCAGGAGGACCACACCAUCACUUCAACGGAGACUUACAAGUGAAGGAUUUCAUCAAAACGUUACUACAUUACGGUGGUUAUAAAGAAAUGGCGGAUAUACUCGUAAACCUAACGUCCUUAGCGACGGAGAUGAGUCGUUUAGUCUCGGAGGGUUAUGUUUUAACGGUUUUGGCGCCGAAUGACGAAGCAAUGGCGAAGUUAACGACGGAGGAGUUAAGUGAACCGGGUUCACCGGAGGAGAUAAUGUAUUACCAUAUUAUCCCUGAGUAUCAAACGGAAGAGAGUAUGUAUAAUGCUGUUAGGAGAUUUGGGAAGGUUAGGUAUGAGACUUUGAGGUUGAAGUAUAAGGUUGUGGCUCAGGAAGCUGAUGGGUCUGUUAAAUUUGGAGAUGGUGAUGGGUCGGGUUAUUUGUUUGAUCCGGAUAUUUAUACCGAUGGGAGGAUUUCUGUUCAAGGGAUUGAUGGGGUUUUGUUUCCUAUGAAGGAGGAGAAAGAAGUUGUGCCGGUGGAGCAGGUUAAACCCAUUUCGAUGAUGGGUCAACCCAGGAAAGGCGUCGUUGAACACAGAAGAGGGAAACUACUGGAAACAGCAUGCUGGAUGCUUGGAACCUUUAGAAACCAUUCUAGAUUCACCUCUUGUCAAUGAAAAAGCCCACAUUUUUUUUUAUGGCUAGCAAAGUUCCUUAAAGCAAGAUUCACAGAUUGAUGGAAAUCUCAACGAUCUUAAAAAUAUUGAAUAUGAAGAUCUCGCUGGAGAUAAUGGCCAGCUACUAUGGGUGUGAUUUUCCCACAUUUUUGUUUUGCUCUUUUUGCUGUCUUUCAUUAUUUCCUUCAUGUGGAUUUUCGAGUGAGCAAAAGCUUCACUAGUCUACUUGUCAUACAUUUUAGUGCAUAUAUGUAUUUAGAGAUUCAAUUAAGAAUGUUUCUCCAAUGUCAUGGUUGGGUAGGAUUGUGUUAGGAUUUAAGGGUUUUUUGAACUGUAACCAGGCAUUGAACCAUAUUUUUGAUAGGCUUGUGCCGAUUCAAUAAGUGAUUUUCUGGAAAAAGUGGAAAUACAAUAGCAAAAUGAUUCUUUGUUGUAAUACAACAUGCCUGGCUAGGCAAUUAUGUA